AUGCAACUCUCACAGAAAAUCUUCUUUACACUUGCUGUCAUCUGUUUAAUCUCAACCGCGUAUGGUAAACAAAAAACAACGAAAGACAAAGUUGUUGAAGGAGCAACACAUAUCAAAGAUACAGUCGCAGAUAAAGUCGCUGAUGGUGUUAAAACUGGAGCAAAACUAGCAACAGACGGAGCAAAAGUUGCUGCAGAUGCUGCUAAGACUGCUGGAGAUUAUGUUGCUGAUGCUGCUUCUAAUGCAGCUAAAGUUGGCCAAGAAGCAGCAAAUGAUGCAGCCAAAGUAACCAAAGAAUACGUCGCUGCUGGUGCUCAAAAAACUCAAGAGGCUUACAAUGAAUAUGUCGCACCUACUGCCUCUGAGACACUGAAUGUCGUCAAGGAGAAAGUUGUCGAAGCAGCUAAGGUCAGUCAAGAAGCUGCAGCCGAAGCAGCCAAAGUAACCAAAGAAUAUGUUGCUGCUGGCGCACAAAAAACUCAAGAAGUGUACAAUGAAUACGUUGCGCCAGUAGCGUCUGAAACACUGAAUGUUGUUAAAGAAAAAGUCGUCGAUGCUGCUCAUGUCACUGCGGAAAAAACACAAGAAGUCCUCAACGAAUAUGUACUUCCAACUGCUCAAGCUGGUAUCGAAAAAACACAAGAAGUUUAUAAAGAAUACGUCGCUCCAGCAGCUGCCGCAGGUGCUGAAAUCGUCAAAGAAAAAGUCGCCGAAGCCGCCAAAGUCGGUUCUGAAUACGCUGAAGUUUUGAAAGAAAAAGCUGCAGAGGCGGCAAAAGUUGGCUCAGAAUACGCUGAAGUACUGAAAGAAAAAGCUGCCGAAGCAGCCAAAACCGGUUCCGAAUAUGCUGAAGUGUUGAGUGAAAAAGCAAUCUCUGCUGCUGAAGCUGGUAACGAAUAUUUAGCACAUGGAGCCGAAGUUGUUAAAGAAUAUGCUACAGAAUAUGCCGAUGAAGCUCUCAAACAAGGUCAGGUAUUCAAAGAAGUCGCGAAAGAAAAACUUGGAGAAAUGACCGCUGAAACGAUCAAAAGUGCGAAAGAAUUUGCUUCUGAAGCAAUCAAAGCUACCAGUGAAUAUGCUGCUCAUGCUAGCGAAGUAUUACAAGAAAAAGUUCCCGAAGCUCUCGAAGCUGGAAAAGAAUUCGCUGCCAAGGCUGUUGAAGUUGGUCAAGAGUAUGGUAAAGAAGCCCUGGAAAAAACUGAGAAAUAUGCUGAGCAAGUUUAUGAAGCUGGCAAAGCUAAAGCUGAAGAACUUCUUCGAGAAGCGAAGAAGAAAGUCGAUUUAUAA